AUGUGGUUACCUGGCUCUAUGGGUCUACCCAUUAUUGGAGAGUCCAUGGAUUUCUUCUCCUUACAUCCUUUCGAAGGAAUCCUACCCUUCAUUAAAAAAGGAUCUGCAAGAUAUGGGAAGCUAUUUAAGAUUACUUUAGUUGGGCAUCCUGUGGUUGUAUCUACUGAUCCUGAAGUGAAUUACUAUGUGUUCCAACAAGAGGAAGCAUUGUUUCAGUGUUGGUACACAAAGAAUGCUGUUGAUCUAACUGGAAAAUUUGGCUUUCUUGACAAUAAAGGGACUUUCAUAACUUAUCAUGCCUCUUUACAGGGGCGUAAAAAAGCCAUUAAUUUAUCAAAGACAUUGUGGAGGAGAGGAAAUCAUCAAAGGGAAAACGAAACAAAGAAGAUUUCUUGGAUCACAUACUUGGUGAAAAUAGGCAACGAAGAAUCAAUCCUAACAGAGGACACAGCCCUCAAUACAAUCUUCGGAGUCUUGGUUGCUGCUUUUGAGACAAAUUCUUCUGCCAUUGCCUUAAGUUUUAAGUUUCGCAAUGAUCAUCCGGACGUGCUCACACAACUUAUGAAUGGGAAUUGCAAUGCGUUUUCUGAUUACGUUCCCAGGAAGAACACAAAAAAAUUCUUAAAAACCGAGAGGACAAAGAGUCUGCUAUUUCAUGGGCAGAAUACAAAUCAAUGA